AGAUGUGGUGUUUGUUCUGGACUUCUGUCUGAGUGCCGUUUAUCGGCCCUUUCACCCGACAGGUGGCGAUGACCCGGAUCUAUCGGUGACAAGUCGAUCACACGAGCCGUCGGCUGGACGUUUCCACACUACCUGGGUUCAAUGUAGAGGUAAAGAGUGUGUCCGGAUUACAGAGAUGGCUCUGCUAAUGGAGCACCAGUUCAGACAGAUGCCAGCUGACAGACAGGUGGAAACAAGACCGUUUCUGGAGGCUGUGUCAUACCUUCCACCUUUCUUUGACUGCCUGGGCUCUACUAUUUUUGCUCCAAUAAAGGCAGACAUAUCUGGUAACAUCACCAAAAUCAAGGCGGUUUACGAAACCAACCCAACGCGGUUCAAGACACUGCAGCAGAUUUUGGAGGCAGAGAAGGAAAUGCAUGGGGCAGAAUGGCCCAAAGUUGGAGCAACGCUGGCACUUAUGUGGCUAAAAAGGGGUCUACGAUUUAUUCAAGUGUUCCUCCAGAGCCUGGUGGAUGGUGAAAAGGACGACAGCAACCCAAACCUCAUUCGAGUCAAUGUCACCAAAGCCUAUGAAAUAGCCCUGAAAAAGUAUCACGGCUGGUUCGUGCAACAGCUCUUCAAGGCAGCUCUUUUCGCUGCUCCAUAUAAGACAGAUUUCCUAAAGGCCCUCUCCAAGGGUCGGGAUGUCAAGGAAGAGGAAUGCUUGGAAAAAAUUAGGAAAUUCCUCAUUAACUUCACUGCCACUGUUGAUGCUAUUUAUGAGAUGUACAAUAAGCUGAAUGCUGAUCUUGAUUACAAAGUGUGACUGCAGGAUGCUCCUCUCUCCUCCAGUGAUCCACUUAGUUUACAAAGUCAUUUACAUUCUGCAGUCUGCAGUCUACAUCCUGACAUGUCUCCCCUCAGGUCAUCUGACAGCUCACAGUGGGAGUGUAUUUAUAAUACUCUGUCGUUACACAUCAGAUAUUUGUGCACUUUUUAAUCAACUGUGUGCCUGUUCUGGCUUUUUCUGUACGCCUUUUCCUCACUGUUGUUUGACUCUGAGGCAAGUUUCCCAAAACAGCUGCUCUAUUUGAAGAGUCAUGUUUCUUUACUGGAGAAGCAACAGUAUUGAUAAAUAUGUGUGUGUGUGUGUGUGUGUGUGUGUGUGUGUGUGUAUGUACAUGAUCAUAAGAUAAUUAUAUCAAGACGAAAGUGCUACUCAAGAAAUGUUUUCCAAACUAGGACUGUUACAAAUGCUUCAAAUCAGUAAGUGAUGUUGACAGUUUUAAUGAGCCAUUUCCCUAUCAACACUGUCAAUCCCUGUCAAUCUUUGCUGUAAUCAUUUGUACCUUUUAGUGAUUUUUAAAGGUUUUAAUGUCUUAAAUUUGAAACAAGGGCUGCAUUUACUAGGAUUCAUGCAAAAAAUAAUAAUUAAAAUAGAACCUAAAGUGCUAUGACUUAUCUUUUGAAGUAAAAUGAUCAAAACUGAAAGCACAUAAUUAACUGAUUUAAAAACACUUAAGUCAUACGUUUUCAUCCUGCACAAUGAACACGGUGUGUAGGUGUCCAUGUCUUGUGGAAAUUGGAUAUUAGUUUUUAUUUUUUAAUGAUUAACUUUACUUAAGUUAUCACACUGUCCUAGUUUUUUUUUUUUAUUCCAAGUUUUACAAAGCAUACAACACAUGAAGAGAAUAUUUUUCUGGCAUAAAUUUUGAAUAUUGCACACCUGUUUGUGCCUUUAACUGAAACUAAGGAGCAUCUAAUUAAUCAUGUUAGCUUUUCUGCCUUUUGCCCUUUAUAUUUUUAUACAUGUCACUUUGUGUAACGCAGACAGGUUCAUUAAUGACAAAAUGUUAAUUAUUACUGAAAGUGUGGUCUGCCUCUUUGAUGUUAUGCAGGACUUGAAUGUGUAUCUUAACUGUUCUACCAAAGCGAUGCUUCUCUGUCCACUCUGCUCUCAGGUGCUUACAUAAAACUGAAGGUGUAUUUUCUGUAAAUCUCUUCAUCAAGGGGAUUUAAAGUGUUGCAUUAUGACUUUUUUGCCUUCUAUACACUUUUUAGGUAGAAUUUCAGAUGCUGUAGUAGAUGUCAAAUGUGAUAUUUUGACAGUGUAGUGACCUUGAUUAAGGGUUGUGUUGGUGGCCUUUGGUUAGUCAGUACUGUUUUGAGUUUAUGUGCUGAAAUGCUCGUCUGAUGUGUGCUAAAAUUAUGUUGCAGUGCGUGUAUAGUGCAAAAAAACAAAAAAAAAAAAACCAAUUAUUC